AUGAGUAGUGAGGAGGCUCCACGACCCGUACUUGGGCUAGAGCGCAGCCAGGACACACAUCCCCAGGAUGCGCCCAAUUCAGAACCAUGCGUGCAGCAUGAAUUGGAUGAAUUGCGGUGCAAAUACAAAAAUCUACUGCGCUAAGAUAGAGAGCGCAAUUAAUAAAUUACAUGACGAUUAUGCCGCGAUGGUGUUAGAGCUCAUACAACAGUUGGCCAAAUAUGAAGAUGCCGAAGACGAGCAGGACGAACAGGACAAGCAAGACGAACAGGACGAACAAGACGUUGAGAUAUUGAAGGAUCAAAUCGACAGCCUGAAACAGAAUCUGUGCGCCAAGCAGAAUGAGCUGGUUGAGGCGCUGGAGAUUGCUGAUGAAUAUGAAGAUGAUGACGAGCAGGAGCAAUCCCGUAAGAUAUUGAUUGAUCUAAUAGAUUGUUUAGAGAAGAAUCUGAGCGCCAAGCGCGAUGCACUGGAGGAGAGGCAACAGUUAAUGAAAAUGAGUACAGAAGAGCCUCUGGUAGAUGGCAACGCCGAAAAAGCGCCAGUCUCCAUUGCACCAAAUCACACUAAUAGCAAGGGUAAUUUCCUGUUAGCCAGGAUGAAAGAUCUCAAGAACUGUACACAUCAAGCGCUGGCAUAUAUUUUCGAACCAAUGUUAUUAUCGAGACGACGACAUGAAAUGUUGCUAUUCGAUGAUGAAAUGAGGCAUGGGAAUUCUCUUUUUGGUAAAAUGAUAGGCUCAAUUGUUUAACUCUUGUCCUUUUCGUGCGGAUACCAUGCAAGAAUAGCAUUUAUUUCUUUUUAUCGAUAUAUCUCCCGAUCCGAUAUCGAUAUCGAUACUUCGGACAUAUUGUAUUGUGGGUUGCAUGUUUUCUUAUCGCUUUACAGCACGCUUACGUUAAUUACAUUCAAAUUUACAUUCUAUUGGUUGUCGAUCUUACAUCCACACAUAUUAUAAAAUCAUUUACUGUUUACGAAUCUUUGUUAAAAUCUAAUGUAUUUAAUA